GGAGUAAAUAUGACCGAGAAAGAUUCCGGGUGGGUGGGGGAAGAGAACCCUACACGGCUUUACCAGUCGCUGCUUUUCCACCCACCGUUGGACUUCAAAGAGGAAGGAGGGCCAGUCUGACGUCUUAGUCUGCUGCCAUCCGAGUUGGACGAUUCAGGCCCCCGCGAACUGCUGCACGUGGCUUCUGGAUGGCAACUUGGAAAGUGGCUGUAGGAGCAACAGAGCGGCUAUGAAGAGGCCUAACAUUUUACUCACAGGGACACCUGGUGUCGGGAAAACUACACUAGGCAAAGAGAUAGCUCUGAAAACAGAUUUUACAUACAUUAAUGUGGGGGAUAUGGCUAAAGAAGGGGAACUUUAUGAAGGCUUUGAUGAAGAAUAUGAAUGCCCAAUAUUAGAUGAAGAUAGAGUUAUUGAUGAAAUGGAAGAUAAGAUGAAGGAUGGAGGUGUCAUAGUUGAUUAUCACAGUUGUGACUUCUUUCCUGAACGCUGGUUUAACAUAGUAUUUGUGCUUCGCACUGAAAACUCUUUUUUAUACAACAGAUUAGAAAACAGAGGUUACAAAGGAAAAAAGCUUCAAGACAAUAUUCAGUGUGAAAUCUUUCAGACAAUUUUUGAAGAAGCUAUGUCAUCCUAUAAAGAAGAAAUUGUACACCAGUUGCCUAGUAAUACUCCAGAAGAUAUGGAACGGAAUUUAGAUCAAAUUAUACAGUGGAUUGAACAGUGGAUAAAAGACAACAACUGAUUUUGAAAUAAUCAUAUUUAUAGGGAUAAAUAGAAGUUGUGUUUUCAUUCAUUGAAGAAACUAAUAGUUCAUUCAAGAUUAAAAUUAAUGAGGCCACUGAAUUUUCUAUUCUAUGCUGUGUUCUUUAGACUCUGUGAAAGCAGGUAUCAGACAUUAGAGUUAAGAAUUUAAAAAUCUGAAAUUAUACUAAAUUGGGUAUCCAAUAAUAAAAAUAUUUGAAAAGAUGAAAAAUAAUAGUUCCUUAGUUAAUAUGGCUGCCAAAAUCUUAUUCCUGUACAAAGUUUUAUUAACAGCGGAUCUUUUGUAAUUCAUUUCUAAAUGUGGGACCAUGCAAUUUAAUAUAUGAACAUAAUUUUGGUCAUUAUUUUAUUAACAUGUUGUAAAUACCCAGGCAAAUUUGUAUCUAUGUUUUUGUUAUUUAUAAGAUUUGUUGCGACUAAGUAAACUACUUUUUGUUCAGCUUAUUUCUUGUUCAGUUUAGAAGGCAUCCUCAUGAACUCAUCUCUCUCUGAUUUUUGAAAUAAGUAAAUAGGUAAUAUGUGGCCAUAACAACAAUGAUCCAAGAAGUGUCUGAUGCGUGGUUCAUAAUAUUACCAGAAUUUAUUAUCCUAUUUUUUUCUAAAUAUUGAGUAACUUGAUAAAAAGUUAUAGUGAAAAGAUGAGAACAUUGAUUGGUGAGAAACUGCAUUUUGUCAUGUAAAAUAUGCCUAUAUAACGUACAUAAAGUAUAUUUUUUUCUUUGCAGCUCCCAAAUUUGAUAUUAAAUGUAUCAAUAAAUUACGAUUUUAGUCCUAAUCAUAUAUCACUGGAUUCUAUUCAGAGUUUGAACAGAGGACUGUAUUCAGAUUCUCUUCUUUUUCCCCAUCCAAGAUCCAAAAGAGACUUUGAACUUCAGGGAUAUACUCUUCUGCCUCUUGUACUAUUAAUGAAAUGACUUGAUUAGAAGCACAAUUGCCUUCUGUUUUCUAUUUUGGUUACAUUCUAAAAAUGGUUACCAAUCCCACUUAAAUUGAAUCAACAUGAGAUGGGUUUAAAAUAGGGUCACACAUACUUCCUUCUCCAUUCCUAAACUGGGUCAAUAAUAUUAUUUUACAGUAUUCCUAUAAUUGUAGUAAUACAGGUCAUCAUUUAGCUACUACAGUUGUGAUCAUGAUGAAACAGUAAUGACCAGUUCUUAGACCUUUACAGGUCUAUAAAGCAAACCCAAGCUGAAGUAAGAUGAUAAGCAUAGAAGUAGUUUCACUUUUGACUGCUUCAUUUAAUGAAUGAGUUGUUGGUCCAAUUGUGAUUGCUAAAUGAGAAUUACCUGAAAAAAUAUUUUUAAAAAAGUCUCAUGAAGCAUAAUUUUAGUCACUCUGCCUAGAGUAUUACUGUACUUCAUUUGUCUGAAACUAAAAUUCUCAGACAAAGUUACAUUUUGUUAAACAUUAAAUAUUUUUAGAUUGCAACUGAACUGAUUGAAAAUAGUCACUUCUGUUAGGUACUAUGUUCAUGGUAUCUGAAAAGCAUGCUUGGCCAAUUGCAAGAUUCAAUUUACCUUCUGUAUAUUAAGUAUAGUGAUUCUUGGUCUUUGAUUAUUACAAAUAUUGCAGUAUUUAGGAAUAAUGUUUUGAGCAGUCAACAAUUUGGAUCAUGCAUCUUUUAUUUAGUACUGUAUUAUAUAGAUUAUUUUCAAAAUAA